AUGGCUGUCUGGCUCCUAUAUCUCCUCAUACUGAUUGGCCAUAGCUUACAAAGCGAACACCUGGUUGGCCCGGGGCAGAUCCACGACGCAGCAGUGCAAGGUGCAGAGGCGCCCAUUCAUGGCCCCUCCAAAGCACUCCAAAAUCAGUUUGAGCUGGCCAUUCCAAUCGGCAACUGCCAAGAUGGGAUGUGCAUUCGAGAGAAAGCCCCGCAAGUGCCGGGUGACGGGCCCGGCAGUGGCGACAGAUCCGGCGGCGAGGCCGGCGACACUGCCAUCGCCAUUGCUCCAGCAAACACAGAUGCGGAUCAUGGACAGACUGAAAGACUCUCCACGGCCCUUCAACAGCAGACUCCAAACACCCCCGCCACCCGGGGCCAUCCAAUCAGCAAACCAGCUGCUUGGUGUAUGCUUGGUUCUGCAGUGGUGUUGAUGGCAAUGUGCAUCGCGUUUAUAGUGCUUGCGGCUAGGAAACAAAUAAAGUUUUAUGUCUGA